GAAGGGAUGAUGGUGUGAUGGGAGAGUGAAGGGAUUUGCGUGGUUCCGUGCGCGAUGGAGAUGUUGGGAAUGGACGGAAUCGCGCGAGAGGGCUUUUCAUUCGCCACAUGCGCAAGAUGUGGCUGAAAUCCGCGACCUCCGUGGUCUGCCUUCCACCGUUGUGUUAAUUCAUCCUCACAUCGGAGAACAGCUGCUGCUACUUGUCUUCGUCGUUGUCCUUCAUUCGUGGGGAAGAUUGUACCAGUGUCGGGGUUUGUGUUCAUGUCCGGAUUUGUAACUACGUUUGUGUAGAGUAGAUUUUGUUUUUUUUGGGUUGCGAGAUUGUCAUUUCUUCUGCAUCCAUGGCGGCCACUGCUUUCGUCGCUUCUACUGCUGUCCCUCAAGCAGUUCUGAAGCCUUGUAACGAGUACCCAUCUGUUUCGGCUACGUCGGGUCCGUCUCAAGCUCGUCCGCUUGGGUCGAGAAUUGGGUCUGAGUGGCCCAGCAGGGAGCUUUCAGGAUUGCGGCGAAUGAGGCCGUCGUCCACGUCGUCUUGGGAUGGGGUAAUAGCGGAUUCGCGGAGGGCUGAUGGGUUCGCAGUUGCAGCUUCUUCGACGUCGACGUCACCUGCUGCCGAGGCUGCUGAGAAGCAGAUGGAAGCAGCUGUGAUGGUGCAGGAGUUCUAUGCCGCUAUCAACAGACGUGAGAUCACUUCAAUUGGCGAUCUGUUUGCAGAUAAUUGUGUCUACGAGGACCUCGUGUUUCCGACCCCAUUUACUGGAAGGCAGGCGAUUCUUGACUUUUUUAAAAAAUUCAUGGAUUCUGUGGGCUCUGAGCUAGAAUUCCGAAUAGAUGAUAUAACCACUGGUGAUCCCAAUGCCGCUGGUGUCAUUUGGCAUCUGGAGUGGAGAGGAAAGCCACUUCCAUUCAGCAAGGGUUGUAGCUUCUACCGCUGCGAAGUACUCAAUGGCAAACGACAAUUCGUGUAUGGCAGAGAUGCUGUGGAGCCUGCAAGUAAACCCGGUGAUUUUACACUGGUGGCUUUGAAAGGGCUUGCCGCACUGCUCCGGACGUUCCCAUCACUAGCAGAUAGGUUUUGAGGAUUUCGCAUUAUACUGUAAAACCAUGUGAAAAAACUUGAAUGUAAAGUUGUCCGUAUAGUUUGAUUCUAUUCAGGCUGAUCUCACUUCUCUUCACAUUUGAGACCUGGUGCUCUAGUCACCAAUUCUAGUUGAUGGGUUGAGCUCACUAAACUUGGAGGUCUCAGCAACCAUCUUUCAUAUGAGCUCAUGAAUUUGAGUAUGCUGUUAGGGGUGUGAGUAUACUAGAUUGAACUACAGUGACGUGAACAAAACGUUUAAUAUGUGAGCACAUAUCUGAGAAUUUUACUGUUCUUAAUUUGGUGUUU